GUGUGACGGCGCCUGGUGGUGACGUUGUGUGACGGCGCCUGGUGGUGACGCGGGUCUCGGGCUCUCGCUCCUGAUGAAGUCGCGCGAGGUUUGCUGAGGCCGAUGGCGGCUCUGGCAGUUGGUGGCGGCGGAAGGUGUGUCAGAUAGAGGUAUGAUUGAUUGAGCGAUACCAAGAUGGCUGAGACAUUGCCCAAUGACCCUACUACCUCUUCUCUGUUAAUCCAGUCCAAGACUCACAAAGACACUAUUCUGACCAACUUUGAAGAGCAAAGAAAGCGGGAUUUUCUAUGUGAUAUCACUUUAAUUGUUGAGAAUGUUCACUUCAAAGCACAUAAAGCCCUGCUGGCUGCCAGCAGUGAAUAUUUCUCCCUGAUGUUUGCAGAUGAGCACCAUUUGGGUCAAACUAUCUAUAUGCUUGAUGGAAUGGCUGCAGACACAUUCCAUAUAGUGCUGGAAUUCAUAUACACAGGUUGUUUGAAUGUAACUGAGAAGUCCAUUGAGCACAUAGUGAGCACUGCCCAGGUGCUUAAAGUGAAUGACUUGGUAAAAGCUUACUCAGACUAUCAGCACAACCAUCUAGAUGUUAAUAUGUCACUGGCCUCCAAUGGGAUUAACGUAGUUGUUGUGGAACCUAGCACUGGCAAUCAACAACCUUCAAAGCCAAAACGCAAGAGAGGGAGACCUCGAAAAUGUGAACAAGUGCAAGCAGACACUGAUGAGGUUAUUAGUGAGAGCCUGGUUCACGAACAGCAAAAUACAACCAACCUCAAGCAACCUACAGAGGAAAAUAGUGAUCCAAUGAACAAUCUAGUGCAAGAAGUGCAGAACCACAAGUUGUUAGAGGCAGAAGACCAUCUUGAUGCAGAUUUUGGCACUGAUUCUCAGGCAGAAGAUUAUGGACAUAAAAUAGCCACACUUGUGAGCCGGAGCCGCUACAGCAACCGUAGAAUUCAGAGACCCAUUAAACUAAUGGGUUACAGGCUUGGCACGGAAGAUGAGGAACAGGAGGAAGUAAGGAAACGUGGGCGAAAGAGGAAAUAUCCAGAUGUGGAGCCUCGAUGUGAGGACUGUGAUAAAGUGUUUAAAAAUCAUCACUUCUUGGCCAUACAUCGGAGGACACAUACCGGUGAACGACCUUUUAAAUGUUAUGAAUGCGGCAAAGGAUUUUCACAGAAGCACACGUUGCAAGUUCAUGAGAGGAUGCACACAGGAGAGCGUCCGUACCACUGCACAGUGUGCGGGAAGUCACUGACCACCAAACAUUCUCUCUUGGAGCAUAUGAGUUUGCACACAGGAAAGAAGGCCUUUAGUUGUGACCAAUGUGGAAAGUUUUUUACACAGAAGAGACAACUGAAGAGCCAUUACAGAGUGCACACUGGUCAGUCUAUGCCUGAAUGUGUGUAUUGUCAUCGUAAAUUCAUGGAUGCUGCUCAGCUCAAGAAACAUCUAAGAACCCACACAGGUGAGAAGCCAUUUACAUGUGAAAUUUGUGGUAAAUGCUUUACUGCAAAGAAUACUCUACAGACCCACAUAAGAAUCCACAGGGGAGAAAAACCCUUUUCUUGCAACACCUGUGGAAAGUCCUUCGCUGAUCCCAGUGCAAAGAGGCGUCAUGAUGCCAUGCACACUGGAAACAAACCCUUUGUGUGCCCGACCUGCAACCAGCGGUUCACUCGUGCUGACAACCUUAGGUCCCAUAUGAAAAUACACAGCAAAGAAAGGAAGUGCCAAGGUCUAGAGAAUGACGUUGAAGAUGGUGGUGCAGAGCAGGUGAAGACCAUCCUCCAGCUGCAGCAGUACCAGCUUCCCACAGCAGGUGAACAGCAGAUACAGCUGGUGGUGACCAAUAAUGUCCACAAUAUUAAUUUCAUGCCGGCCCAUGGCCAGAGCAUCAGCAUUAUUUCUGCUGAAGGAUCCCAGAACCUCCCCGAGGACCAAACCUCAAACCUGGCCCUGCUGACUCAGCAAAGUGAGCACAUGCAGAACUUGACUUUGGUAACUCAGCCCGGGCAAGCGGACCACAUCCAGGCCAUUGGGAUGGUGGAAAAUCAUGGCAGUGCAGGGCAGACGGAACAAAUGCACGUGAUCACACUGACAAAGGAGGCAAUGGAACACCUCCAGGAUCAAGCACAGCAAUUGCAGAUCACACAGGGGCGAUCACAGCCUAUUACUCUUGGACAGGCAUCCACUCAAUCAGUGCAUCUCAGCCAGGAAGCAACUGAGCAUCUCCAACAAAGUCGACCAACACACAUUCCUGAGCCACCUUCUCAACCAAUCUCUGUGAACCGAAGCUCCCAGCAUAUACAAGAACAGCAGGUCACAGAGCAGACAUUCCAACUGCAAGCAGAUGGUGUUUCUUACCUGUACACUAACCUAGUUACCCAGAGCUAGGCAAAUCUUUACCUGUAACUGGAAUUCCUUACUGAAGAUCAAAUUUUUAUGAUUGCAUAAUGACCUGAGAGAUUUUAGCACCUCUCUGAGCUUUUACUCAGAUGUUGCAGUCCCUAGUGAUCUCCAGAAUUUCUACAUACUGUUUCUGUUUAGCACUACAUUGUGAAGGCUUCUUUAAACACCCCUACCCCCCCAACCACCCACCCAUUUGAACUUGUCUUGAUCUCUUUUGCAGUAUUUGUUUUGUUGCACUGUCUGCAAUAGCUGACUGUUGGAAUUCCCUCAUCUCUCCCUUACCCCCGUCCCCCACCACCUAUGAAAGGAAAAUAUAAACUGAGGAGGGGAACGUUUCGUGGAAACGUUUACUAUAGAGCCUGUGCUAUUGUGGAGGACAGUACUCUGUUUCAUUACCAUUGAUUAAUGUCAACAUUAAUCUUUUCUACAUUGAUUUGCCAGAGUAACAUUCACAUUGCUUGAGCACUGAUAUUUUAAUACAAAGUUGGUUCAAUAAUAAUACUUGCAUUUGAUAUAGCGCUUUUCACGUCGCUAGAC